CUCCUGGGAGGCGGGGAGCGGGUUCUUUUCGGCCGCCAUGCUAGCUAAAGGUUCCUAACCAAGCCUGAGAAAGGCCGUUGUGGGAGUCCCUGCUUGGAGCUGAGAGGGGAGCACGGGCGAGUUCGGAGCCGCGCCAUGGAAAUUUCAGGGAGGAUUAACUGAGGUGAGAAGACCCUUACAGCAGGUGGCACUUUGAGAAGGAAAUCCACAGAAGGAGCAGUGUUUGUUCCUGCUUGCAUUCAUUUCUUGCUGGUGAGUGCAUCUGCCCCAUUGCCACUGCUGCUGCCACCCUUCCCUGACAUUGGAGCCAGUGUCUUGGGCCUCCAGUGUGGACUGAAGACCACUGAAGAAGCUUCCGGGCGUCUUCUGAGCCCUUAGUGCCAGAUUGGAGCUCCCAAGGCUUCCAGCCUUGUGGAUGGAGCCUCUCCAUCAUGGAGACCACCAUUGUUGGACUAUCCAGUCCUGAUCAGGGUUUGGUGAGCUUUGAGGAUCUGGUGGUGCACUUCACCCAGGAUGAGUGGGAUUUGCUGGAAGCUUCUCAGAAGAGUCUCUAUGGAGAUGUGAUGCUGGAGACCUUCAGGAACCUCACUGAUACAGGGUAUGAAUGGGAAGACCAGAAAAUUGAAGAUCAUUGUGAAGAUCCUGAAAUAAAUCUAAGGGACAUUGUCUCUCACUCUGAGGACACACGUGAGUAUGAACACGAGGAAUAUGAAGAGAAGCCGCCUGAUGCUAAUUUUCUCACAAGUGUCAAAGGAUACGUGGGAGCUCACACUGUGAAUGGACCUUCUGAGUGUGAGGUGUGUUUAAAAUCCUAUGGGCUGUAUCACCUAACCUACAAUGGACAUCACAGCUAUGAGUACAAGGAGUGUGUAGGAAGCCAGCCUGUACGGAAAAGUUAUGAAUGUAACCAGUGCGGUAAAACGCUGAGCUCUUACAAUUCUCUUCAAAGACAUCAGAAAAUCCAUGUAGAAGAAAGACCGUAUAAGUGUCAGCAGUGCAGUAAGGCCUUCAGAUGCCUCAAUGCCCUUCAGUCACAUGAAAGAAUUCAUACUGGAGAAAAACCUUUUGAAUGUAAUCACUGUGGUACAGCGUUUAGCAGACUUACUCACUUGCGAUUGCAUGAAAAAGUUCAUACUGGAGAAAAACACUAUGAAUGUAAACAAUGUAAUAUCGUUUUUAAGUCUCACAGCUCCUUUCACAGACAUAAGAUAAUGCAUGGAGAGACAUUCUAUAACUGUAAGGAGUGUGGUAAGUCCUUCAUCUAUCCCUCUCUACUUCAGAUGCAUGAGAGAACUCACACUGGUGAGAAACCCUAUGAAUGUAAACUGUGUGGUAAAUCUUUUAGAUAUCAUUCUUCCAUACGAUUACAUGAAAGAACGCAUACGGGAGAAAAACCCUAUGAAUGUAAACACUGUGGAAAAGCCUUUACACGUCAGAGUUAUCUUCAAUUUCAUGAACGAAGCCACACUGGAGAGAAACCCUAUGAAUGUAAAGAAUGUGGUAAAGCCUUCACACAUCGCUCUUACCUUCGAUUACACGAAAGAAGACAUACUGGGGAGAAACCGUACCAGUGCGUUCAGUGUGGCCGAUCCUUCAGCCGGCAGAGUUCCUUUAAGAGACACCAGUCUGUUCAUGCUGUGGAAAACCCCUAUAAAUGUCAACAGUAUCUAAUUCCUUUAUCCCUGUUUCCUUCAAAUGCAUGAAAGGAUUUACACCAACACCAAACCUUAUGCAUGUGAACAGUGCGAUGAAACGCUUAUCCCUAUUCACAGAAGACACAUGUAAGAACUCAAAAUAGUGAUGAACCUAACAUAGUAUAGCCUUCAGGGGUCACAGGGACUUUUAACCCCACCACCCAGAAGUAGUACCACCCAAAGAUGGUGUCUCCUGCCCUACAACUCCCAUAUGAAUUUGUGGAGAUCAUGUAUCAGAGGGAGAAGUAAUGCAGAAAAAAGGCCAGAAAAGAGGGACCGUCAGCCACAAUAAUUUAAGUCCAGAGCCCUACAACCAAGAAAGUACAUAGACUCCGGUGGAUCAUCGUGAGGUUGUAGAACCUCCUCUAGCAAACGUAGGAAACCAUUCCUACAAUCACUAGACGGUAGGUCUGCCCUUUGAAUGAACUCUUUCCAUUUCUAAUGAAAACCCACGAACUCAAAACAGUGUUCUUGAGACACGUGCUUGAAUCUACUCCUGUUCUGGGGAAAGUAUUCUAUGCUGUUAUUCUCAAGUUCAAUAAAUCGGUCUGUACUUUUAGUAUU